AGCACUCUCUCACACACACUGAGCUUGUUGCUUCUAUGGCGACUGCCAUUGGGUUUCCAAGAACUCUUUUAAUCGCCUUUUGGCGUGCCCCCACGAGAGCAUAAUGAGCAAGAGUCAAAACCCCAGCUAGCUACUCGCUAUAUAUACGCUCUCCACCCGUCUCGCUCUCACCUCUCACUUGACUUCCGUCCCGGGCGCCGGCCUCUUUCUUUCUCCUCCACGAAGGCCGCGUGCAGUGCGGUGCACUACCCUCGAGGCACCGGCGCCGGCACGGCCGUGCGUGUAUGGGUGGGCGGCCAGUGCCGCGGCGGCAGGAGGUGGUGGUCGUGACGGAGCUGGAGCUGCGGAUGCAGCUGCUCGGCGGCGGCGGCGGCAACUGUUACAACAUCAACGACAACGCCGACCUCCUCGCGGAGAUCCUGGCGCGCCUCGACGGCCGCUCGCUCGCCGCCGCCGCCUGCGUGUGCCGCCUCUGGGCCGCCGUCGCGCGCCGGGACGCCGUCUGGGAGGCGCUCUGCCUCCGCCACGUGGGGCCAGCGUCCGGCCCCUCGGCGGGCCCCGCCACCCGCGCCGUCGUCGCCGCGCUCGGCGGGUACCGCCGCCUCUACCGCCUCUGCCUCGGCCCAGCGCUGGACCGCCUCGGGCGCGGCGGCGCCAUCGCCCACGCGCACGCCAGGGCUCACCUGUCGCUCUCACUCUCGCUGUCGCUCUUCUCCAUCGACUGCUACGAGCGCCUCGGCGGCGGUGGCGGCGGCGCCGGUCGGCAGCCGCAGCCGUCGUCGCUGCUCUUCCUGUGCAAGCCAGUGGACGUGUCGUGAGCCCCGACGAGUAGGCGUACACGUGUACGUACACGGUCGCAUCGCCGCCCACCCGCUCGGGCAAUCCUGGCCGUACGAUCCAUGCCGUCGCAUUGUUCUUGGCGUACGUGCGCGACUAGCUUGUUUGGCGCACGCUGCUUAACAUAAUUGGUUACUUAAUUAUUAUCAGUACGACCAAUAAGAAUUGAUUAUUAUUAAGCUGUACCAGAGAACCAUAUUCAAUAUGGAAAAAUAAUUAAUGAUUCCUUUUUUUUCUUCUCCCUUUUGCAUCUUCUUCUUCCUUUUGAUCGUUCCUCUGUGUACGCUUGGGCUUGUUUGUGUCCGUUUGGCGAGUUGCUAUUUCUAAGCACCCGGUUUGUAUCGCUCCUGCUGUUGUUGCUUCGCCUGGCUGCUUGCGUGCAACUCGAGCGUGUACUUAACGUAGUAAUCACCUCACUUUUUUUAUAAUAUAUGUAAACAU